GACUAUGAUCCAAAUGGUUUUUGUAGUAUUUUUUAUAGUUCAUGCCUGCGUGUAUGUGUGUAUAGGCAUGAUAAAUGGUGCGUAACAACUAAAUCUUACCUGUUGGUCGUUGCGGUUGCAGUCUAAAUUAGUGUAGGCCUACAUAAUCUGAUACGACAAUAUUUUAUGGUCUCCUACAUCCAAUAAAGAACAGGCAUGCAGGUGUUAAAUGUGGGCAAGCCGUGUUACUGUGAAAAAGCGGUACGGGAUGAAGACCUUUAGUAAUUAAUGCGCCUGUGAAGCAUUUAGUUUAAACUACGUGUGGAUCGGAGAGCAGUAUAAUAGCCUUCGAAAUAACGGACUUAUAGCAGGUUCACCGAAUAUUCCAAGCCAGUUCUUUUGGGGGGAAAGUAAUGUAGCUAUGUCCUGUUUUACCAAUGCUAUAUUUUUAUAUUUGUAAUUAAUGUUAGGCCUUUUUUUAUCCCCAGCAAAUAUUGUGAGUUUUUACUUGUUGAUGCAAAGAUACUAUCAUUGUGGAUGUUUUGGAAGGGCGUUAAUGACAUUGCAUAAAUAAACAAAUCACUUUACCGCUUUACACAGUGCGUUUGAUACUGUAUGGAUGUUUGAAAACAUGGCUUCUUGCUCUGUGCUGGAAUAUUCGUGCCAGGACUGAGGCGGACUGAGACGUGCACCAUCUCAGGCUAAUCUCCACCGAAUUCAGCUUCUCCAAUGGCGUUCAUGUCAAGGUUCUCUCGGUCUCGGAGCAGCUCACGGUCCCCGAGUAGAAGGGACUCGGAACGCGGCUCGCCAGUGCUGACCGUGGCCGAGCUCGAGCGGCUCCUGUACACGGGGAAAACCGCCUGCAACCACGCAGACGAAGUUUGGCCAGGCCUCUACAUUGGCGACCAAGACAUUGCUGCUGACCGCCGUGAACUGGUGAAGCUGGGAAUCACCCACAUCUUGAACUGCGCGCAUACUAAGUGGCGAGGCGGAGCAGAGUACUACGAGGGCAUGAACAUCACCUACCACGGCAUCGAGGCGCACGACUCGCCCACGUUCGACAUGAGCGUCAACUUUUACCCAGCAGCUGAGUUCAUCCACAAAGCGCUCAGCACUGGGGGGAAGAUCCUGGUGCACUGUGCCGUGGGAGUGAGCCGGUCCGCCACGCUGGUGCUAGCCUACCUGAUGAUCCGUCAGAACAUGACCCUGGUGGAGGCCAUCCGGACGGUGAAGGACCACCGCGGGGUCAUCCCAAACCGCGGCUUCCUGAGGCAGCUCAACGGGCUGGACGGCAUCCUUCGCGACAGCCGCAAAACCUAAGGAGGGAGGGGCGAUGAAGCAGCGCUCAAGUAUACGAUCUCCGCAGCAUCCUCAAAACCCUCUCUCUCUUUGUCUUUCUCUCUCUCUCUCUCUCUCUCUCUCUUUGUUUCUCCCUCUCUCUCUCUCUGUGAGAUGAGUUUUUUCACUUGUGUACUGGUGUACUGUUCAGGGGACAUACUGUACUGUCAGUCAGACGCCAUGUUCCCUCUCUCCUCUUGAUCAGAUUCCAUCCCUGAUCACUUAUUGCGAUUCCACAGACAGGCAUUCGGGGUAGAUGGGGCCUUCCCCACACAGCUGUGUAUCUACAUAACACAGCCAAACAAGUAAAUCUGUAAACUCUGCCUCCACUGACAUCCUCUUGUGCGAUUGCAGGCUACUCAGCAGACACGUAUGUGAGUUUGUCUCGCACAGAGUUUGUAUUAAUUUUAUACAAAAACCUGUCUGGAGACUAAAGCAUUGCACAUGUUUGGUGCACAGAAUCGAAAUGUAGCAUCACUUCGUUGUUUCUGGGUGACCAGAGCUGCUCACUGAAAAACCGAAUUGUGGAAACCGUAAUAUUUUAUAUACAUUAGCUCCUUUUUUUUGGGCCAAAUGGCACAGACAGAUGUCAGCUUUGCAGUCCAGUCACUGAAGAAGGUUGAACAGUCUGAAAUGUGUGCUCUGGUACUGAUACCUAUGUAUGCCUGCCUGCUGGGUGACCUCGCUAUCCUGGGGUUUUGAAGUGCUGAUGUCACAGCCUGACUGUGUUCUGGAGAAUUCUAAGUAGUUCACAAGCUUAGUCUUGAGCAAACCAACCAUUGCGAUCCCCUCUGGCUUUCAGAGGAAAGGGAUGCAGAGGACGCGGAUCAGUACGCCAUACGCUCCUUAAAUUUCUUAUUUAAAGCUUCAACUGCCUGGAUUGUGAAGUGCUGAAUUUUUGUAAAUGGCCAAAUGGAUGUAGGAGGCUUGUCUAUGACUGGUUUAGAGCUUCCUCUCAAUCAGGAGAGCAAUCUCUCUCUCUUUCUCUCUCUCUCUCUAUCUUGCUCUGUCUUUUUUCUCUCUCUCUCUCUUUCCCUAGGGCACCCUGUAAUGGAGUUGUUGUUCCAACUGAACUUUGGAGUUACUCCACUGCUAAUAUAGUGUGACAGGGUUACUCAAUUUCUGCCGUAGUGUGACAGAAAGUUACAGUAUUCCAGUGUGACUGUAUUCUGACAGAAAUUGACUGGACAGAUACCAAGGAGGGGCCAACAACGCAGCAAAGGGUCGUCGGUUUUUGGGAGCGAUAAAUACCUCAAGCAUCUUCAGUUCAGUCGCCCACUGCUGCAUCCGUGUUUCUGCAGGCUAUGGCUUCCUUUCCGUUUUGUGUGUCGUACAGUAGGAAUCCAGACAGUGUUGUGUAGCACUGAGCUGCCGAGUGUAUAAUACAGGCCAGCUCUGUUCAAAUGUAGCAUAUCCUGUAGUCUGUAGAUGUUCAGAGUUGGAUUGUGGCCAAGUGAGUGUGCCUGUGUCGUCCUUUUGGAGUAGUUUCAGUGUAAAAUCUUCCUUUGUCCUGUGAAACAGAGAAUUAGCGAGUACUGCAGCUUGGGCAUAGACUGCUGUUAUUGUGCAGUGGUGUUCUUCUGGAAAUAGGAAAGUGUACAAUUUAUUCUCUAGUGUGUCAUCAUUAGUCUCUCUCUGAUUUUCACUUCUCUGAGAAGUUUCUUCAGUGUUUGUCUUAUUAGCUCUGAGAAGUUUCUUCAGUAUUUGUCUUAUGAUAGUAAGUGUUUUUUUUUUUCUCUUUGGAAAAUUUGUCCUGAAAAAAGAGAAGAAAAGCCUUAGCUGGCAUGUUGAUCUCAAACAUUAUUCUUGUAAGAUACAGUUAACCGUGUACACUGACUUCCAUAUAAUCAUAAACCUACAUACACAUAUUAAAAUAAAUACAUUGUGCUUACUUGAGCUUGAGCUUAUUAAAGGUAAUUUCCCCACUCCUUAUACAGUAUCUCACACGAGGCUGCUUACCGCAUCCAAAGUUAAACAGCUGAACUGUGGAUCUCAUAUCAGUGAUACUGCCCAGGGAAGUACAUGCUUAAUAUGGACAGAAUUUGGAGGACAGGAGGGGAAAGUUGUUUGAGACAGGACGGACGUCUCUGGUGCAGCCUCGUAAUGCUGCAGGAUCUUUUUAUUUUGUUUUGAACUCCAGGACCUGUGAUGAGCCAAACUAGGAGUAUGUCUCCUUGAAAUGUCCACAAGGAGUUUAGGAAUGUUUGCAGAUUGUUUUUCAGGAUCUUAAAAUAGGAUAUUCAGCUGCAGGUAAUGUGUUGUGCCAGAUUGGAAUGUUGCUCCUUGACAUGUUCACGAGGAGUUUGGGAAUAUUUGAGUUGGUAGGGAUGAGGGGGUUUGUUUUGUGCACAUGUUGACUGCCUCUGCAUGCACACUCUGAUUACCCCUACAAGUGCACACUGAUUCAACCUAAAAGUGCACACUCCAACUGCCCCUGUAUGCACAUUCUGAUUGCCCCUACAAGUGCACUCUCUCAUUCAACUGAAAAGUAAACACUUUGAUUUCCCCUGCAAGUGCACACUCUGAUUCAACCUAAAAGUGCACACUCUGACAGCCCCUGCAUGCACACUCUGAUUCAACCUAAAAGUGGACACUUUGACAGCCCCUGCAUGCACACUCUGAUUCAACCUAAAAGUGCACACUCUGACAGCCCCUGCAUGCACACUCUGAUUCAACCUAAAAGUGGACACUUUGACAGCCCCUGCAUGCACACUCUGAUUCAACCUAAAAGUGCACACUUUGACAGUCCCUUCAUGCACAUCCUGAUUCAACCCCAAAAGUGCACGCUCCGACUAAUCCUGUGGUUGGCAAUUAAAUUAAGUUCCUGCGGCAGCUGCUGGCCUCCUGUACUAAACCUCUAAAACCAUGACAGUGCGCUAUGCUUUUACAGCAGGUUUCUAGAGGUAAGGUAUGCAGAUCAGUGUCAGUAAAUCCCCUUUGGGAAUUGACUUACAGUUCUUCUUUAGCUAAUUAACUGUAUUUUCUAAAACCUGAGAAAAAAUGUCACAGCAGUCUGCCCUGUCUGAUCAAGGCUCAACUUUGAGACUCCCUUUCUCUUUGUUUUAAUUGCUCAUGUGAAGAGUAAUUUUCUCCUGACAGUGUUUUUAUUCACCCACAUCCUUUGAGCAAGGGAGCCUUUGAGGUUUAAAAAAAAAACAAAAAAACAUUCCUCCUCAGUUGACAUGUCAACUGACAUGGCAGCUACUAAACGAGCAUUCCACCUUGUCGGGUCAGUAUGGUUGUAUUACAGCGAGUUGCUGUCCAAGGAAAUAUAUUUCAGGAUUAGCGUUCACUUAAUUGGCUGUUGUCUCAUACAGAACCAUUGUCAAAGACAUCUAGCAUUGAUGUUUUUUUUCCACAAGCCGCAGCAUCAGGGUAUUGGUACAUGUUCUCAAAAUUUUACUUAGUCCCAUCCAGCCAGGCAGGUCGUCUGCAAUCAAGAUUACAUUUUUCUACAGGGCUUCCCAAAAUCAGUCAUAUGUCUGGUUUCCAGUCUAAAAUAGCUACAAUCUAAUGAAAUCUAAUGAGCUGUGAAUUUACAGGUGUAAACUUGUAAAGCUGCCAGUUUAGGCCUUGGAAACCAGGCAUGUCAAGCUUUUAGCCAAUCAGUGGCUUAAAUUAAACGUUUAAGUGCUAAAACGCCCCCAAAAAAAACAUAUACACCGGACCCUUGUGCAGCCCUAUUCAAGACCAUUCAACUAAUCAAUCUUUUGAUUUAAGACCUUGAUUCGUUGAAUGAGAUGCUUUAGAGCUGGGCCAGAAUGAAAGCCAGCACCCACACCGGCUCCUCUCGGGUAAGAUUGGGGUUCUCAGGACAAUAUUUCGGGAAGCCCUGAACUAAACAUUCAUUUUGGGUUCUUUUUAACUGAAACAACAGUAAAAGAACAUGUCUUAAUGUCGGGGUUAAGUUCCCACUACGGCAGUCUCCUUCUCAUGGCUGUAAAUGUGGAGUUGUCACAGGAAAGCACCAUUAGAUUAACCACUGCCCUCCACCUCCCUUAGCCCUGCCCUCAAAACCGAAAUAUAUGUGGACUCCUUGGGAGGCCAUGACCGGAAGAUGCAAAGGGGGUUCUUGGUUUAUUACUACAUAAUGAUUAUUGUGUUUUAUUUUUGCGAUUGCAUCAUGUGUCGUACAGUUGUGUGGGGACCAUUAGCCAUAAUUAACUGUGACUGCUGGUGAGUUAUGUGUUUGUGUUUGUGUGCACUCGUUUAUACUGCCUGUGAAUCCCCUCUCCCUAAAAACAAGGACAUCGGUGAUAUUAUUGUAAAAAAUAAGAAUGGGUGGGGGGGGGGGGAGAUAUUGUGAAAAGGCACAAAAGAAAGCAAAACAUUGCCACUUGUUAAAAGUCAGGAUUCAGACUUGUUGCAUCAGUCGGUAAGAGCAAAGUUUCUUUUGCAUGCGUUUGUUUUUUUAUAGCUGUUUUGUGUUUCAUAUCCUACAUGUUAUUUCCUUGUCAUUAUUUUUCAGCCUUAUUAUUUCUACAUUUAAAACAGAACUGUUGAAAAUGCUGCCAUUUAUAUAUUUUAUAAUCAAAAUCACACUCAGAACGAGUCAAAAGAUAAAUAAAAAAUAUGGUAUUUGUAUCCUGACUUAGGCCAAUACAUUGUGUAGUCAUUUCAAGUAUCUCAUAUGUUUGCAGAAAAUUAACAGGCUCUGCAAGUAAUACACAAAAAACCCGUGUGCAUGUAAAUUCAUGCAAGGUACAAGGACAUCUUGUACCUUACAGAUAGUAUGCUAUAGGUAUCCUGACCUGAAGUGUCUCAAACCCCUUGCAAUGGGAGUUUUGCAAUUGUUUCAUUCCUGGAUUCAAAAUGUCAGCCAGGCAUAAAAUAUGAAAUCCAUUAACUGAACGUAGCUGAAGCCAGAUAUCUGCAUUUUCUCUUUCAGUCGAUGGGUGGUGCUAUAGCUCUCAUCAGCAAAGAUUUUACCUAAAUGUAAUUGUGUCCAAACAAAAGUAAUGAAUUUCAUGAGUGUGAUGUUUUUCUUAGUUCUACUUUUUCAGUCCUUCCAAAAAAUAAUAAUUCAUAUUGUUGUGGGAGAAUUAAAAUAUUGAAAUAUUGGAUUAAGUGACAGAACACAAUGUUGUUAGCCAGCUACAUUAAAUCUAGAAUGUGGAGAUGGACACAGACCAACACAAUUGUAAAAUGUACCCUAUUGCAAACUUCAGUAUGGCUUCAGUAUGAGUCAGUAUGGCACAAUGUUGCCUUCACUGUGUAGAAUAAUUAGCAAAGUUUACACUCAGAAAUUGCUAAUGCUUGUAUCUUUACUUCUGUACAACAUAAUAAAAUUAGUAAUAUGGAUUUUAUGUGCUCAUCGAACUAGAGUGGUCCAAAAUUAAGGAUGCGUGUAGAAAAGGAACUUAAUUACUCUCUGGAUAACCACCAGUCCCUACCCACAGUGACUUUUUUUCAUAAAAUCAACUUUCUGAGGGCAAUCUGGCAACUUUUAGCUCUGAAGAAUUAGCUGUUAGCUGAAAACAGUGUGGUAAAGUAGGUGACUAAAAAGAAGCAUUCCAUGGUGGUGUUUUCGUUAUCACUUCAUCUUAUAUCUGGUGCGUACUAUCUGGUCAUUUGACAGUAGGGUAUUUUUGUGCCAAGUAAAAAUAGGAACUACAGAAAUCUGUUUAUACAUUCUUACCGUCCCAUUUUUAACAAAGAACCUUUCUAUAGGAAUACUUGAAUUGUUUUUUAUUGAUCCUUAUUUUUAUAUCACCAAAAACCUGUGGAAUUACUUAAUUGAAACAACAAACGGAGGUGAUCAUGAUGCCUUAACUAAUUAUUUUUUAUUUUAAAAGUACAGUAUCCCAAUUCUUUGUUACUUACAACAAUUUUUGUUGCAUUUUUUAAUGCUUUCUUUUUAAUAACUCUCUGUAUUGUUGAAAAUUGUGUGUAAUAAAUAAACUUGCAUUAGCUAGGA